CAAGGAAGUGCCAAGGUUUGGAAGUGCUGCGGUAAUGUGCGAUGUGCAUCGAGCCGGUCGGGCGCAUUCGUGUGGUGGCAUUCGCGUGUAGCGACUUUCAUCAAGCUUCAAUCGACGUCGAGACUUUGUUACCAUGGUGAGGCAUAGUGUGGCCUUACUUUUACUGGUGGUGACCAUCGGGGCCUCUAGCAGGAACAAGGAUGGUGUCUCGAAAGAUUCUUGUUUCUGCCUGUUGCAAGGCAAGGUGGACGAUUGUGCUUGCAAUAUCGACACCAUCGAUCACUUCAACAACUUCAAAGUCCAUCCCAUCCUCAAGAGCUUGUUGCAGAAGGACUACUUCCGCUUCUUCAAGGUUAAUCUAAAGCGCCCAUGCCCAUUUUGGCCUGAUGACAGCCGAUGCGCCCUUCGAGACUGCUCGGUCACUACAUGUAGUGAGGAUAGCCUUCCUAAGAGCAUCAGAGGCCACGAGAGGAAUUACAUUCCAAAUGACAGCGUCUCUAAGUAUUCCAAGGUGGCAAAUGAACAGGACUCGUGUGACGAGAACCACGCCGGCCUGGGCGAAGUUGACAGUACCAUAAGUGACGAAAGCUACAGGGAAUUUGAACGAUGGCAGAAGCACGACGAUUCUCAGGACAACUUCUGCGAGAUGGACGAUGAGUCAUCAGCAGGCAUGGAGUACGUUGACCUGAGUUUAAAUCCAGAACGCUAUACCGGCUACGCUGGCAGUUCGGCGCAUAGAAUUUGGAAAAGCAUCUACGAAGAGAACUGCUUCAAACCUAAUGUUGGUUAUGGCCCCUACACAACAUCCAAGAACCUCAACGCUAUGUGCUUGGAGAAGCGGGCCUUCUAUCGCGCCAUCUCGGGCCUCCACGCCAGUAUCAACGUGCACCUCUGUGCCAAUUACCUGACCCGAGAUGGCCCCCUGGGUCAGGCCGUAUGGGGCCCCAAUGCGGAAGAGUUUGAGCGGCGCUUCAGCCCCGCGUUGACCAAGGGCGAGGGACCCCAGUGGCUGCGCAACCUCUACUUCGUCUACCUCAUCGAGCUCGGCGCCCUGGCCAAGGCGGCGCCCUACCUGCUGCACCAGACGUUCUACACGAGCUCCGAGGACGAGACUGUCCCCACUGCGGUGCGCGCACUCCUCGAUGCCGCUAGGGAAUUCCCACACCAUUUCAAUGACAGUGCUAUGUUCAAUGGGCAGAAGGACGCACUCAAGCUAAAGGAAGAGUUCAAGGUACACUUCAGGAACAUCUCGAGGAUCAUGGACUGUGUCGGAUGCGACAAGUGCAGACUCUGGGGCAAACUCCAGGUUCAGGGUCUCGGUACAGCUAUGAAGAUCCUUUUCACGGACAAGUCGCGCCUGCCUCCCGAGAACCCAAGGUUCCACUUGACACGGUCUGAGAUUGUGUCGCUCUUCAACGCUUUUGGCAGGUUAUCGAAUAGUAUCUACCACCUACGGCAGUUCGGCAAAAUGCUGUCCUGAGAGUGUCCUUCAACCAGCGCCACCCCAAAGAAAGGAAGUGUGUGCUUGUGUGACCAUGCGUGACAUUUGCGUGACAUUGUGGUCUGACAGGAGAGUUGAGCCUCGCUGGACUCCUUCUGAAUCAAGUGUGCUUGCAAGCUGUGGUGGCAGCCGACGGCUGCAGUGAUAUUGUGUCUAAUCAUCGUCACUUGUGCUCACUGUUUUUUUUUGUUGUUGUUGUUAAUUAUUAUAUAGAGAUGAAACCCACUGUUUAGUGGGAAAUGGGUGGACGACUUUGUACACAGUGUAAUUUACUUUUACUUCACAGUGUCGACGUUAUCAUCGACGACGUCAGAUUGUACUUACGUUGAUAUCUUGUGCAAUAUUAAAUAUACCGUCGU